CGGGUAAUCGUCGAUGGGUCGACCUUUGACGAUGACGGUGACGCUGCCAUGAAAAUGGAGAUGGCCAAGGAAGCUUUUAGGGCAUAUUCAGGGCUUGAGCAUAAGCCUCCGAGACAUGAGAUUUGGGUUUGGUAUGCGUAUGAACUGUGCUCUUACUUCGUUCAUACAGUUCUUAUACCUAUUGUGUUUUCUCUAAUCAUCAGUCAAGUAGUUGAUGAACCUACUGAGCCACGCCGGAGUCCUAAGGGCCUCACCUGUAUGGCCGGUGAAAUGAAAUUGUACGAUCAACUUACACGCAGUUCAAUAUCAGUUGGCAAUUCAAAAGUUUCACCCUUAGAGUGGACUUCAAUCUCUUGGGCAAUAGGCUUAGUUGUGGCUGCCCCGGUACUCCGUUUCAUUUCCACCAACCUCGACCAUAGCCCGAACCAGCAACUUAUUACUGGAGCUGCAACAGCCCUCGGAGCAUUCUUUUGUCUACCUGCUGGAUUCUUCAAAGUUGCAUGGAUCUUCCCCGUAUAUAUUGCUCCUAUCGUGGUUGGCAUCACCAUUGCUACAGCUUCCCACACCCGCCAUCAUGGUCUAAUGGUCCGAGGCUUCACCGGAACCUCCCUUCAAAGACAUGAAUUCCCAGUUAGAAGAGGUUUCUCAAGUUGGCUGUCGCUCUGUGCUACAGCCGCCGGCUGCAUAGGCUCAGCCGUGAUUGUAUCGUUUGUGUAUUAUAUGCUCCGAAUUCAUGAGAUUUUCAUCGGCCUGUGGGUGGUCUCCAUUUUUAGUGGACUAAAAUGGCUAGCCGGAAUAGUUUAUGUCAUUGCCUUGAGGCCUGGGGAAAUCGUUACUUUUCCUGAACCAAAAUGCCAUUUUCUCUCCCCUCUUAAAUAUCAUCAUGGACUUGGAAGUCUUAUAAUUGUGGGUCUUUCUUCAUUCACAUCAAUGUGCAUUUUCACCGGAGGUGUACUUUACUUGGUCGGUGAACUCUGCCUCAAGCCGGUGUUCUUGUUCUAUUUCUGGCUCAUUUACUUCAUUUUCCCUUCGGUUGCUUUGCCGCUGCUGCAACCGGUUCAGCUUGUUUUAAAAGCAAGUGCUGUGAAUAUGCAUCUACUGGGACUCAUUUUAUCAAUGGUAACUUCAGGAACAGGUUUCCAAUUCCGAAACCACAACUGGAACAGACACCAUGUACUGAUUUUCGCCGCGGUGCAAGGCACAUCGGCAGGUGUGUUGCAUGCUUUCGGGCGAGUUUUGGCGAUGGACUGUUCACCGGCUGGUAAAGAAGGCGCGUUUUCAGUUUGGUUAUCGUGGGUGAAAAUGGUGGGAACUUGUUUGGGCUUUGCUGUAGCGUCAGGAUCCGCUGCUGCGAACGUCGGGACUUCUUUUGGAACCGCGUUCUGCACCGCAGCUAUUGCGAUGGUGAUAUCCAUUUAUGGGAACAUUAGCGAUGUCGAAGGAGCAGUAGCCGCCGGACAUGUGAAUGAAGAGGGCUUGGAUGAUAGCAAUAGCAUGAGCAUGAGCAUUAGCGACGUUAAUGGCGAUGCGAAGAAAGAGCCUGCGGGUGUAGCUGUGAGCGCGGAAGCUGCUUAGUAAAAAGGAA